UAAUCAGGUCUCGCUUAAAGAAACCCAUUAUCACACACAGCUGAGAGCACUUACACCACAAAGACCCAAAAGCAAAAUCAAUAAAAGAGCUGCAGCAUUUUCAGAGCUCUCCUCUCUCUCUCUCUCUCUCUCUCUGCAAACAACUUCUUCAAAGUAAGAGCAGCUAGCUGCCUAACCAUACCCAAUUCACUAACACUCUCUUUUUCUUGGGUUUCCCCAGCAUCCUCUCCACACACUAAAAAAUAAUCAUUCUUGCUAUUGUUACCAUUUUUAGCACACCAAGUGUUUGUCUGCAUUACUUUGCAUGGCGGGAAAUCCCCCACCUGAGGGAUUAGGAGAUGAUUUCUUUGAGCAGAUCUUGGCAGUGCAGCCGGGCUAUGGUGGUGGUGGUGGUGGUGGUAGUGGAGGUGGAGCAGAGGUGGUGGGGUCCACCAUGCCCAUGAUGGGUUUGCAAUUGGGGACCCCUGGUGCUGGUGGGUUGAGGACUAAUAAUAUAGGAAUGAUGCCUUUAGGGUUGAACUUAGAACAUCAUGGCUUCUUGAGGCAACAAGAAGAUGGUGGUGGUGCUCUAGAUGACAUUAAUCAUGCCAAUAAUAAUGUUUCUUCAUCUUCUACAACUUCUGGAAUCAAUGAGAGAGAUUCUGUGCACAUGGCAAGUUUGUUCCCAACGUUUGGACAGUUGCAAACCCAGUCAAUCCGCCCUACUCCACCACCUCCGCCACCUGGUCCACGGCACCACCAGCCAUUUCAUGGUCAGCCAACACCAGGAGCAGUUUCUGCUGUAUCACAGCCACCGGCAAUUCGCCCAAGGGUGCGAGCAAGACGAGGACAAGCCACAGAUCCUCACAGUAUUGCUGAGCGGUUACGUAGAGAGAGGAUUGCAGAGAGAAUGAAGGCUUUGCAAGAGUUAGUUCCUACUGCCAACAAGACGGAUAGAGCAGCCAUGCUUGAUGAAAUUGUGGAUUAUGUGAAGUUCCUAAGGCUUCAAGUGAAGGUAUUGAGCAUGAGUAGACUGGGUGCAGCAGGUGCAGUGGCUCAGCUUGUAGCUGAUGUUCCCUUAUCAUUGGCCGAGGGAGAGAGCAUUGAAGGAGCAAAUCAGCAGGCUUGGGAAAAGUGGUCAAAUGAUGGCACUGAGCAACAAGUAGCUAAGUUGAUGGAAGAAGACAUUGGCGCUGCUAUGCAAUUCCUGCAGUCCAAGGCACUUUGCAUCAUGCCCAUAUCGCUAGCUUCGGCUAUCUUCCAAACUCACCCGCCGGAUCCACCUUCAAUCGUCAAGCCUGAAUCAAACACCCCAUCAUAAACCUAAUAAAGAAAUAAAAAAUGAAGAACUUCAUGAGCGGCAUCUGCGUUCCAAGUCUUGUUGUAGUCCAGGUUGAAGUUUCUAGCUUUUACUAUUGGAAAAGCGAAAAGAAGAAAAAAAUCAAAUCAGUCGGUGGUGCAACUGUUAAUUUCUUUUCACAGGCAGUUAUGCUAUGUGCUAUGGUCAAGGCUAGCCAAAGUAUUCAAAAGCUCCAGUGCUGGUCCUCCUGUUUUCAUUAUCUGUGGAGGGGUUAGUGGAGAAUGGCCAAAACUUUCAAUACUCAGAACUCUAUCUUUUCUCUUUUGAUGGUAGGGAUGUGGGGCCCUUCAAAGGGGAUUGAUGGGUAAUGUGUGUAUGAUGUAUUGGAGAAAUUUGUACGCCAAGUUUUCAAAAUAGUUAUGUUUGGUUAGAUUGUUUAUAGUCUUUUUGGUUUUCGCAGAAAUGGUGAAUGGCGACGUUGUGCUUUUUAUUUA